AUGACCACCCUAUCAACACCACCCAACGUCCCCGAGGACACCACACCUUUGAAUCAGGACAUCAUGGAAUCAACCAAAGAACCAGAACAAGUCGCCUCAUUUACACCCGGUCAAUGUCUCUUUUGUCCUACAUCAUCACCUACUCUCGAGGAGGGCAUGAUCCACAUGCAAAAAUCACACGGCCUAUUUGUACCACAGCAAGAACAUCUCACCGUCGAUCUUGAGACCUUUUUCAGAUAUUUGCACCUCGUUAUUUUUAAUUACCGAGAAUGUCUUUACUGCGAAACAUCGCGGUCCACAGUUCAAGCCGUUCAGCAACAUAUGAUGGGCAAAGGCCAUUGCAAGUUUGACGUCUCAGAAGACUCAGAGUUUGCCGACUUUUACGAUUUUUAUCAGAAUGAAGAUGAGCUAUCAGAGGGUUCUGUAAAUGAAGAUGGCAGCAAGAAGGAGUCCGAUCACAAGCCAUUGCAAAUAGACCAGGACUCGAUGAGAUUGCCAUCCGGAAGACUUAUUUCGAAGAAGUCAUCAGCCCAGGCAGAGCCUUCUUCUAUCUUUCAAACGCGCCGUCGACUACGUACAGCAUUACCACAGCUGGAAUAUGUACCAGCAGGUAGCGAUGAUGAGGCUGAUACAAGCAACGAAGUCUCUACUCCGGACACACAAGUGUUGACCAGACGCGAAAGACGACAAAAGGCUACUGCUGCACAUCAACUAGCGAACAUGAGCGCCGGUGACCGCACUGCUCUCAUGCAUCUAUCUUCAGCUGAACAGCGCGCGCUUAUCACUACAAAUCAUAAAUUUACAGAAAAGGUCAAGAAGGAGGAAGCUCGAAGUCAGCGAAGACUUGAUAGAAAAGGAAACAAGAACCUGUAUGCUUAUUGGAACACUGAAACACCAGUGUAUCAGUGUGGUUAG